GGGGAUGCUAUGUCAGCAAAGACAAUCGAACUUCGUCAGCUUAAAUUUGUAAUCGAUAUUCUUCCUCCGACAUUUUAUACUGGGUUUUCUUUUCAUCGCGAUAAAACUAGUAUUUGACAGUCAUGUGUAACGAACCGGCGUUUAUUUUAUUCUCCCUUUCAACUAGGUACCAAUGUCGUUGGAGCUCACUCCAUUGAAGAGCUCUGCGCUAAGCUCAAGCGCCCACGCAAGGUCAUGCUCCUUGUCAAGGCUGGUGAUGCCGUUGAUAACUUCAUUGAUCAACUUCUUCCUUUCCUCGAGGAGGGUGAUAUCAUCAUUGAUGGUGGUAACUCUCACUUCCCUGACUCCAUCCGCCGCACUGCAGAGCUCGAGAAGAAGGGUAUUCUCUUCGUUGGCUCCGGUGUCUCUGGUGGUGAGGAAGGUGCCCGCUACGGUCCUUCCCUCAUGCCCGGUGGUUCCAACGCUGCUUGGCCCGCCAUCAAGCCCAUCUUCCAGGCUAUUGCUGCCAAGGCUGAUAACGAACCUUGCUGCGACUGGGUUGGUGAAACUGGUGCCGGUCACUAUGUCAAGAUGGUCCACAACGGUAUCGAAUAUGGUGACAUGCAACUUAUUUGCGAAGUCUAUCAAAUCAUGAAGGAAGGUCUUGGUUUGGACCACGACGAGAUGGCUGCUGUUUUCGAAGAAUGGAACAAGGGAGAACUUGACUCUUUCUUGAUUGAAAUUACCCGUGAUAUCCUCAAGUUCAAGGACACUGAUGGUUCUCCUCUUGUUGAGAAGAUCCGUGACACUGCUGGUCAAAAGGGAACUGGCAAGUGGACCGCCAUUGACUCUUUGGACCGUGGUAUCCCCGUCACUCUCAUUGGUGAGGCUGUCUAUGCUCGCUGCUUGUCUUCCCUCAAGGAUGAGCGUACCCGUGCUUCCAAGAUCCUCGAUGGACCUAAGGACGCCAAGUUCACUGGUGACAAGAAGAAGUUCUUGGACCAACUCGGUCAAGCUUUGUAUGCUGCCAAGAUUGUCUCCUAUGCUCAAGGUUUCAUGUUGAUGCGUCAAGCUGCCAAGGAGAACAACUGGAAGUUGAACAACGCCGGUAUUGCUCUUAUGUGGCGCGGUGGUUGUAUCAUUCGUUCCGUCUUCCUUGGAAAGAUCAAGGAUGCUUACACUCAAAAGCCCGACCUCGAGAACUUGUUGUUCGACCCCUUCUUCCAGGAGGCCACUGCCAAGGCUCAAGAGUCAUGGAGAGCCGUUGUCGCCAACGCUGUCUUGCUCGGAAUCCCCACCCCUGCUUUGUCCACUGCUCUUAACUUCUAUGAUGGUCUUCGUCAUGAGAUGCUUCCUGCCAACCUUCUCCAGGCUCAGCGUGAUUACUUCGGUGCUCACACCUACGAGCUCCUCAACCAGCCCGGUACCUGGGUCCACACCAACUGGACUGGCCGUGGUGGUAAUGUCUCUGCUUCUACCUACCUUGCUUAGAAAACUCCACUCCAUGUGCUUUGGUUCCCACAACAAUAGCAAUCUCCUUUGUAUAGUUUAUGGAAAGCAAACGUUCUUGAAAUAACUGUUUGAUUUACAAGCAGUUCAAUGUGUAUAAAAAAAAUAAAACCGGUUCACACACAAAAAACCUUUCAACUUGUUGGCACGAAAAAUGUGCGCCAUUAAUUUUUGAAAUGCCGCAUUACGAGGGGGUGGCUAU